AUGGCAUCAAGCUUAAGAAGACCACCAGCAAGAGGAGUCAAAAAAGGCCGCACUGAGCUGACAGAAGAGCAAAAACAAGAAAUUAAAGAAGCGUUUGACCUAUUUGACACUGAUGGGUCUGGAGCAAUUGACUCAAAAGAGCUAAAAGUCGCCAUGCGCGCCUUAGGUUUUGAACCUAAGAAAGAAGAAGUGAGGAGAAUGAUUGCAGAAAUUGACAAAGAUGGGUCAGGGACUAUAGAAUUCCCUGAGUUCCUUGAUAUGAUGUCAACGAAAAUGGCAGAAAGAGACCCACGUGAAGAAAUUCUUAAAGCUUUUAUGCAUUUUUAAUUAAAAUUGCUAAUAAAUUAUUAUAAAAAAAUAGUUAUUUAUUGCAGACUUAUAGUAUAAACUUUUCGAUGACGAUGGCACAGGAAAAAUUUCUUUCAAAAAUUUGAAAAGGGUGGCCCGAGAAUUGGGCGAAAACAUGACUGAUGAAGAAUUAAUGGAAAUGAUUGAAGAAGCUGACAGAGAUGGGGAUGGAGAAAUUAGUGAAGAAGAGUUCUUAAGGAUCAUGAAAAAAACUAACUUAUUCUAA